AGGAGAACUUAGUACUUAGCAUUGUUUCACAGUAGAGCUACAGAAAUUCUAGGUGUCUUUGCGUAAUUCACUUUAAAUAUUUAUAGAGCCAUGAAUGUGGUUCAAUCCUAUUGUGGACUAGGUGUACUGUAGUAGCCUGAUUGAGUAAUCACAAGAAGUCGAUUGUUACACUCCCUAAUUACAUGCUACCUAUCUUUUUUAACCUUAUAUCACUCCAUCACAGUACAACACAGAGGUUACAACAAGGGACUUGCUAACUACUUAAAAAGAGGACAUGGGAAAUAUAGCACUACCAGGAUUUUUAAAAUGCUGUGGGAAAAAGUCAACAAAAACAAAUGAUAACACAAGUGUGAACAGCACAAAUGAAAAUCCAGAACGAGAGUUUUGGUCUAGCAAAACAGAUUACUUGUUGUCUUUAGUGGGGUACGCUGUAGGGCUUGGAAAUGUCUGGAGAUUUCCAUAUCUAGCGUACAAACAUGGUGGAGGUGCCUUCCUGAUCCCUUAUGUAAUAAUGCUGGCUCUGGCAGGUUUACCAUUAUUAUUUUUAGAGUGUUCCCUAGGCCAGUUUGCCAGCCUCGGCCCCAUUGAAAUAUGGAGAAUUGCUCCCUUAUUCCAAGGUGUUGGAUAUACUAUGGUGAUUAUAUCAACCCUUGUAUCUAUAUAUUACAAUGUUAUCAUUGCUUACAGCUUAUUUUAUUUAUUCUCUUCAUUUCGAAGCUAUCUGCCAUGGGGUGAUUGCUAUGAAUGGGCAGAUAGUAGGUGUCAAGGCACCAUAAAUGGUUUCUGCAACGUCACUUUGGACAAUGCUACAAUAACAAUGAACAUGUCUUCAGUACAUGAACAAAAUCUGACUUGUAUUUCAGACAACACAACAGAGCUCCCAAGCAAACAAUACUGGGAUAAAGUAGCUUUGAAGCGAUCAAGCGGUAUAGAUGAAACAGGUCAAGUGGUUUGGCACUUAGCAUUAUGUCUGCUACUGGCAUGGAUUAUAACUGCUGCUGCGCUCUUCAAAGGAAUAAAAUCCUCUGGAAAGGUGGUAUAUUUCACAGCCUUGUUUCCAUACGUAGUCCUCAUCAUACUUCUUAUUAGAGGAGUCACACUGGAGGGAGCAAUGGAUGGCAUUGAAUACUUUAUUGGACAACAAUCUGAUAUUUCAAAGCUUUCCAAUGGAGAAGUGUGGAGAGAUGCCGCUACCCAACUAUUUUAUUCUCUUAGUACAGCUUGGGGAGGAUUGAUUGCUCUUUCAUCCUAUAACAAAUUCCAAAACAACUGUUACUGGGACUCCAUAGUGGUUUCCGUUAUAAACUGCCUGACCAGCAUCCUUGCAGGAUUUGCCAUCUUCUCCAUCCUUGGUCACAUGGCCCUAGUGUCAGGCAAGAAGGUUCCUGAUGUUGUGGAUGAAGGAUUCGGACUUGCAUUCAUUGCUUACCCUGAUGCAUUGGCCAGGCUUCCAGUAUCUCCCCUCUGGUCUAUUUUGUUCUUCUGUAUGCUCCUGGCAUUGGGGCUUGACUCUCAGUUUGCACUAAUUGAAACUCUUACAACAACAAUACAAGAUGUUUUCCCUAAAGUAAUGAAAAAAAUAAGGAUUCCUUUGACAGCUGCGAUAUGUGCUGUGUUAUUCUUACUGGGGCUCCCGUGUGUUACACAGGCAGGAAUAUAUUGGGUAAACCUCAUUGACUCAUUUUGCGGUGGAUGGGCUCUUCUAUUUGCUGCUGUUUUGGAGCUGGUGGCUGUGAUCUGGAUAUAUGGCCUUUCUGUUCUUCAGUGCAUUCUGUUAGUUCGUUCUGACCAGCCAACCUGUCAUGAAUCAGAUGUGAUCAGAACUGUGUGGACUGCACAAGUGAACCAGACGUAUAUAGGUGGGAAUAGAGUUAUCCUGGAUAUAGAGAUGAUGAUUGGGAAAAAGCACUGGAUAUUCUGGUUGUGGUGGAGAGUAUGCUGGUAUUUUGUAUCCCCGGUAUUACUAGCAGCCAUUUUAAUCUGGUCUUUGGUCACAUACGAAACUACAACAUAUGGUGGUGUAGUUUACCCACAAUGGGCAAUUAUAUUAGGAUUUUUAAUUGUCGUCUUCUGCCUUAUAUGGAUUCCCAUAAUCGCUAUUGUGAAGGUCAUUCAAGCCAAAGGGAAUAUUUUUCAGCGUAUUGCAAGUUGUUGUAGACCAGAUGAAAACUGGGGACCUGCCCUGGUGAAGAAUCGUGGGGAGAGGUACAAAGAUAUGAAGGAUGGCACAGUCAAGGAGGAGGACAAAGGAGUGGAAAUUCCCGACAUUAAAGGAUUUGAUAAUGUUUCAUUUCAGAGAGACUAAGACUGAGACACAAAGGCCAGAUUCACAGAUAUCUGCGGCGGCGUAACGUAUCCCCUUUACGUUACACCGCCGCAAGUUUUCAGCGCAA